AUGGCGUUGGGUGGUCCUCCUCUAUGUGCCUUAGAAACAGCUUAUGAGAGCUUGCGUGUGCUAAACAUCGAAAGAAAUGGAAACAUUAUUUAUACCUAUAAGCACCUGUACACCUUUGAGAGGGACAUGCAAGCUGUCAGCUGUUCUGUCAACAGCGAGAGGACUUUGCUUGCUGCAAGUUUCAUCCAGUACACUAAAGAUGUAAGGAGUGAGCUUCAGCCGGGGUCAAAGUGCUUAACGUUGCUGGUUGAAAUCCAUCCUGUCAACCACGAGAAGGUUCUGAAAGCGGUGGAUAGCUGUAUCUGGGUACAGACUGGAGGCGGCUUGUGUGUGUGUUAUAGCCCAAAGUUCGACUCUGGGGAAGAAGUCACAUACUCGGUGUUUUAUCUUCAUAAAGGAUACAAAAAGACCUUCACUGUUGCUCCUGGGAGUGCUGGCUCACAAGCGACAGAGGGUAUUACUUUCCUCAACCUUGGCUGCCUUGUAGCUGUUCAUUUCCCUGGUCAUUUCCUCCACUUACUUAACGUUCAGCACCCAGACUUCACCUGCCACAGUCUGUUUCUGACAGGAAACAGCGAAAUGGCUGCCGUGCUACCUCCUGGUCCCUUACGGUUUCUGCCGGGAUCCCUGGUUCUGGACUGCUCCUCCGGGAAGGUCUACAGAGCAGCCCUGGACCAGUCGUUCUUGAUGUGGUUCCUAUGGAACUCCGCCCACCUAGACUGCGAGAAGAUGGCUGCAUUGCACUGCGUGCUCUCCUGUGCGCAAGACCCAGGUUUCCAGGACGACCAGAUUAUUCAGUGGAUUUGUGAGCACGUCUCUGCCUGCCAUUCAUUUGACCUCAUCCAGGAAUUUCUAAUUGCUUCUUCCUACUGGAGCGUGUAUCCGGAUCUGGCUGGCGUGGAUAGGUUCCUACCUUACUCCUCUGUGCUGACGUGGAAGACAGAAAUUCCUGGAUUAAUGCUUGUGACAGAGGAGCUCCCGUUGCCUCUUAUGAAGGUCUACAGUUUGACGGGGUACUGGGCCAAGCUGAAUGCCAACCUCGAGUAUGUUAAGUACACGAAGCCCCACUUACACUACCACAACAGCGUUGUGAGGAGAGAGUGGCACAACCUGAUCUCUGAAGAGAAAACAGGGCAAAGAAGGUCCACAGUGUAUGUGAAGAACAUUCUCGACAACGCAGCCAGGGUGAUUUCUAACAUGGAGUCAAGGGCACUGGAGCCAAAGUUGAUACCUCUCCUACAAGAGGAAGAUCGGCACCAGAGGCUACUCGUGGGUCUGAUGGUGUCUGAGCUAAGAGAUCAUCUAUUGAGACACCUGCAGGGUGUAGAAAGGAAGAAGAUCGAACAGAUAGUUCUGGACUACGUUUCAAAACAGCUGAAUCUCAUUUGGUGCAUGCUGGAGACCAGCUGGAGGAAACACAGUGCACGUCCUUGGGUUCUCCACCUCAAUAACCAUGGUAGCGCUGCACACUUUGAAGUCUUUCACCUCAUGACCAGGAUUUUGGAUGCCACAAGCAGCCUGUGCGUCCCCCUACCUCCUGGUUUCCACUCUCUGCACACGCUCCUUGGGGUACACUGUCUCCCUUUGUACAACCUGCUGCACUACAUCGAUAACGGGGUGCUGCUACUCACGGAGACCGCGGUCACCAGGCUUAUGAAGGAUCUGGACAAUUCAGAGAAGAACGAACAGCUAAAGUUCAGCAUCAUCGUGCGGCUCCCUCUGUGUACCGGGCAGAAGGUCUUCCGGCUUUGGGACCAUCCCAUGAGCUCCAACAUCAUCUCCAGGAACCACGUGGCACAGAUGCUCAGGAGCUACAAGAAAGAGCCUCGAAACUCUAUGAUUGGCAAGUCAUCCUUCUCAACAGAAUUUCUGCCUCUGAACUACUUCGUUGACAUUCUGGCAGGCCUGGAGUCCUCCCACCAAGUGCGGAAAGCUGUGGUCUGA